GUAUUCCCUCCCUCCCUCCUUCCAUCCCUCUCUUCCCUCCCUCCCUCCCUCACUCUCUCUCUCUCUCUCUUUCUCUCUCUUUCUCCCUCCCCCUCUCUCUCUCUCUCUCUCUCUCCCUCCCUCUCUCUCCUCCUCUCUCUCUCCUUGCAUAAAUGGCACUGGAAACAGUUGUUUUUCAGCAGGACCCGUUUACAACUGCAUACGGAUGUGAAGAUUUCUACACAACGGAUGACUCGGCAGAUGCCUACUACAAGGAACUAGCCUUACAACCUCAUUUCCAACACAAACACAAUAUCGUUGAUCACUACAAUAUCAACAACAACUUGAUCUCUCCUUCUCCUUCAACGCUCCAAACCUCCCUCAAACAUUCUUCCCCGAAUGACCAAAACGACAACAUAUUCACCACCGAUCCCUUCUUCACCCAAGCCUACCCUCAUCCAGCGAAGCUCCCCACUGCCGGCAGCCGGAGAAAGCGGAGACGCGUGAAGGCAUCCAAGAACAAAGAAGAGGUAGAGAACCAGAGAAUGACUCACAUUGCUGUCGAGCGUAAUCGUCGCCGACAGAUGAACGAUUAUCUUUCUCUUCUCCGGUCAAUGAUGCCCCCAUCCUAUGCACAAAGGGGUGACCAAGGAUCAAUAGUUGCGGGUGCCAUUAAUUAUGUGAAGGAACUUGAACAACAUCUCCAGUACAUGGAAUCAGAAAAACAGAAGAUCAAGAAAAAGGAAACCGAUAAUAAAGAUCAAUCUGAUUCACUACUCUUCGACAAAUUCUUCACAUUCCCACAAUACUCAACUCGUCCAACCAACAACUCAAGCCACUCCUCAUCAGAGUCCUCAGCUGAAGCAGACAUCGAAGUCACCAUGGUGGAAAGCCAUGCAAACAUCAAAGUGCUACUAAAGAGACAACCAAAACAGCUUUUCAAGAUGGUCAGUGGGUUUCAGUCAAUUGGCCUCAACAUUCUCCAUCUUAACAUCACAACAAUCGAUCAUAGAGCCCUCUUUUCUUUCAACCUCAAGGUUGAAGAUGAUUGUCAGCUGAGCACUGUGAACGAGAUAGCAACGGCUGUGCAUCAGAUGGUUGUUAUGAUUAAAGAGGAAGCCAUCUUUUGUUGAGAAUUCAAUUCUUUCCUUGUAAGAUAAUGGCCAAUGUGAUUUUUACUAUUAUUUUUACAAUUGGACUGUAAGUUCCUUGAAGAAUGAGGUGUCAAGUUCAGUGAAAAACUCAACUCAACAGUCACUUCAUGCAUGUAACUUUAAAUACAUCUAUAAAACAACAUAACUUCCUAUA